CUUUUUAGCCAGCUGAACAAACACAGAGCUCUGAAGUCUGAAGGUCCAUCAAUGGCAGAAAUCUCUGAAACCAUGUCUACCGAGUCAUCAACUUUCGACACUGAAACCAUGCGAGACACAAAACCUGGCUUAAAACGCCUCAUUCUAACCCUCACCGUUUUCAUUUCCUUCCUCUCAGGUUUGCCAUGGUUACUUAAAUCAGUAGAGAUCUACCGAUCACCGCUUCCGUUUAGCGAUAUUGAUUCGUUAUCGAACGAAAUCGAUAAAAGUCCGUUACUAUUUCCGUGUAAAUUUAAUGUAUUGUUAGUUAAUUUUGAUCACAUUUCACUAGAUGCUAAAAAGCUAGGGUUUCUAGUUGAAAAUCAUAUGUCACAUUUUUCCAGUAGUAGUAGUUCUCUAUGUGGUACUUGUGGAGAUAAUUUUACGGUUUCGGUUAGUUUCGAUGGAUUUGAUCGGAAUGUGAUGAAUGAUGAUGAUGAGGUUUUUGAUGAGUUUUUGAGGAAUGUGUUAGGGAAGGGAAGUAGGGAGUAUAGUGUUGUGGUUGUGGAUCAUGGGGAAGGGGAUAGGGAUCGGGUUAAGGUUAAGAGUGUGGUGGGGAAGUAUCGGCAUGGUUGGAUUGUUGGGAGAUUUGUAGAGAUGGAUCUGGUAGCGGAAAUGGUGGCGGAGAUUUUUGUGAAGGUAUUUGUGAGUGGUGGGAAAGACGAAGAAGGGAGUGUUGAUGGGGAGUUUAUGCCGGUUGGUGCUGAUGGGAGGAUUGUGCUUUCUUUUAAUUUGUUGAAUGCCGAUCCUCGUGAUUGGAUUUAUGAUUGGGAUUUUAAGGAGGUAGAUGAGAAGCUUCUAGCCCCUAUACUUGAAGCCUUAAGCCCUAUAGCGAAUAUAAGUGUAGAAAGUCAGGUUUUGUAUCAUGCUCCGAAAUCUUCGUAUUCUUAUUGGGAUGCUGAACAAGACAGCCACAUCUUCAGCACCAAAGAUCUUCCGUUCUUUGUUAAUUCAAAUGAAUGGCACCUGGAUACUUCCAUUGCAGCUGGUGGACGAUCCAAGAUUUUGCAAUUUGUGGUAUAUAUACCUUCUGCCAAUGAAUGUCCACUCAGGUUACAGUUUCCAAAUGGAGAGCUUUCCGUCACAAAUGGCUUCAUAUCUCCAACAUGGGGUGGUGUUGUAGUUUUGAAUCCUUCUAAAUGCUUGGAAAAUGCAAAUGACGUGCACCCUCUCAGGCGUAAAAUUUCUCCCCAGGAACUCAAUCAGAUUUUUGAAGUUUUUAUGGGUCAGCUUAGACAAUUAUUCGGUCUAAAAUCUAGUGGCUUUUACAAGGGUGCAUCAGGAAUAACUAUUCUUUUAGACAGUGAAAGAGGCUUUACAGAAUGGGAACUAGAUGCAUUGGCUCGGCAACAUGCAUGUUAUAAUCUUCGUCAGUGUGGUACCACCCUUGGAUCGCUUUCAAGAUUGGUUCAGUCACUACCAAGAAUGAUCAUCAAGGAUGAGAUUGGAAAACAGGUCAAAUUUUCUCUUGAGGCUGCCAAAUUAGCUCAGAAAAAUGCCUCACAAGGCAUUUAUGAUGCUUCAGCAGUUUCUUCGAGGCAUGCUAGAUCCUUGGCUGAAGAUGCAUUCUUUCACCCAUCAGUCAUGUCUGUCAGUUACUACUCAUUUGAGCACAUGUUUGCUGUCUACUCGCCCUUCUUUCUGCCACUCUCAUUACAUGUGAUUCUUGCGGUUGUGAGAGAGAUCAAAAGAUACAAACAAGAAAGCCGAAAAUAUGCAGCCUGGAAAGCUGUAGCAAGGCAGCACUCCGAUUAGACUGAAAUUCAAUCAAUGUCUAAUGUACAAACAAGAUGUAGCCAAUUUAGCUGUUGUAUUUCAAGCCUUUUAUUCUUCCACUGCGAAACUAUAAUUUAGCCGUUAGUAAUAUUCUUUAGUAGUUUUAUUAGUUAGCAAAUGUUUUUUCUAUAUAUAUCUUCCUGAUAAUUUGGUAGGUGCUUACUGAUAGGAUACAAUGUGUUAGAUUUUGGUUUUUUGUCUUACACUCUUACCAGUUCAAUCUACAGUUAAUUUCAUAUCGUU